UCCUCUCUCCUUUCUCCCUCGCCCUACGGGGAGAGGCAGGCGGCCGCGCUAGGGGGCGACUCUCCCUCUUCUCUCUCACUCUCCUGCAUUGCUGGAAGCCUAUGACACCACAAGCUAGGCAGGCUUCUCCUCUUCACUUUCCUAUCGAGCGUUGGGACGCCGCGGCUCUCCCAAUACAGGACAAUCAACCUUCCUUCCCUUCUUCGAAUGGACUUCCGACGCCCCUCCUCCCUCCUCAGCCAGGAAGCCAAAACUCUGGCCGUCAACCUCAUCCGUCCGCUCACUGGUGCCGCCUUCGCCUCUGCCCAUCACUAUCAGAACCACCGCUUGGAGUCGGUUGUCGUCGCUGACGAUGACGGCGGCGGAGGCGGCCUCGCGAAGAAGGUGAUGCAGGUUCUCUCCCAACCAUUUCUGGACUCGUCCAAAUGCCGGGAAAUCCUCGGGGGUCUGAGUCCUAUCCAGUUCGAUCGCAUCUUCUCCGAUGUACAGUCCGCUGUAAAUCCGCUUACAUCGCUUAAGUUUUUCGAUUGGGCGUCCAAGACCCGUGAUUUCCCGUUCACUGUCCGAUCGUACUGCGUCCUCGUCCACGUUCUUCUUCGUGCCAACGUUCCGGCAUCGGCUAGAUUGGUUUUGAUUCGCUUGAUCGACUGUAACUUUGCUGUGGCCUUCGCCAACCCGAACGAGCGGCAUCUUGAAGUUGCCCGUGCUCUAGUGGACACUGCUUGCGUAUCUUCUAGCUCGAUGGCGUUUGAUUUGCUGAUUCAUAUAUGCUGUACUACAUUCAAGAAUGCGAGGUUCGCGUUCGAUGCUUUUCAAUUGCUGCGCGUCCACGGUCUCUUCCCUUCUGUGAGAACUUGCAAUUUUCUCUUGAAUUCUCUCGUGAAAUCGAACGAAUUUGAUAAAUGCAGGGUGGUUUUCCAGUCGAUGUCGAUGGGCAUCUCCCCCGAUCUUUAUACUUUUAGUACUAUGAUUAAUGCUUAUUGCAAAUUGGGUAAGGUUGAAGAUGCAAUUGCGUUGUUUGGUAGGAUGGAGGAAUCUGGUUGUUGUGGAAGUGUCAUUACAUAUAACACUAUGAUUCAUGGGCUCUGUAAGAGUGGGAAAUUGGAUGAGGCUUUUCGAUUGAAACAGAGGAUGAUUGAUAAGGGAAUUGAUCCGAGCAUUGUCACUUAUAGUUCACUUCUUAACGGUUUGGUUAAAUCUGAGAGAAUGGAUGAAGCGACCUCUGUUCUGAAUGAAAUGGUUGAAAAGGGGAUUGCUCCCAAUGAUGUGGUUUAUAAUACCUUGAUUGAUGGUUUCUGUAAAGUGGGAAACGUUAAAGAGGCAAUGAGGGUUAGGGAUGAUAUGGUAAUUAGAGGGGUUUCGCCAAACACGGUUACAUGCAAUUCUCUUCUCCAUGGAUUAUCUAAAAUGGGAGACAUGCAGAAAGCAGAGGGGCUUUUGGAGGAGAUGCUAUCAGAAGGCAUUGAUGUUCACCCUGGUGCUGUGAGUAGGAUGAUUCAUUGGCUAAUAGGUCAGUCAAGAUUGGAUUCAGCAGUUAGGCUCUUUGAUGAAAUGCUAGCUAGAAGUGUGAGGCUCAGUGAUGCUAUGUGCACUGUGAUCAUCAAUGAGCUGUGUAAAGUGGGGAAGAUGCAUAAAGCUUUAAGAUUAUGCUCUGAACUGUUUGAGAAAGGAUUUGGAGCUAAUAUUGUAACUUGUAAUGCACUUGUACAUGGUCUCUGCAAAGGUGGCAGCACAAAAGAGGCAGUUACACUUGUCAAACAAAUGCUUGAGAGGGAUAUGUCACUUGACAAUGUGACAUUCAACUCGUUGAUUAUUGGGUGCUGCAAGGAGGGUAGGAUUGAUGAAGGUUUUAGACUGAAAGAAGACAUGAUUAGACGAGGGAUGAGGCUGGAUCUUUUCACAUACAAUGCUCUUUUACAUGGUUUAUGUACUUUGGGUAAGAUGGAAGAGGCCUUGGACCUAUUGAAGAAGACGGUGGAGGCUGGUUUGGUGCCUGAUUUGGUUAUGUACAGCACAAUUAUAAGUGGGUACUGCAAGCUUAAGAACCUUGAUAAGGCAACUGACGUAUUCACACAAUUGCUAGAAUCAGGGCUGGAUCCAAAUGAUGUCGUCUACAAUACGCUUAUUGAUGCACAUUGCAAAAAUGGAAACAUGGCAGAUGCUGUUAGACUCUUCGAUGAGAUGAAACAGAAACACAUCUCACCAACUAACGUUACAUAUGCGUCCUUCAUCCACUACCUCUGCAGCAUUGGAAACAUUGAGGCAGCAAAAAAGAAUCUGGAUGAGAUGAGGAAUGUGGGUUUGAUUCCUAAUGUUGUCUGCUAUACGAUAAUAAUAGAAGGCUACUGUAAACUAGGGCACUUAGAUGAAGCAAACAAUAUGCUUGAGGAAAUGCGUUGUCAUGGUUUGGCUCCAAAUAAGAUAACCUAUACUAUCAUGAUUGAUGGCUACUGCAGAGCUGGUGACCUUGAAAAAGCUGUUAAGUUUUUUAAUGAAAUGGUUGAAAAUGGGAUUGUUCCAGAUAUUGUUACUUAUAACACUUUGGCUUAUGGGUUCUGUAAAGAAGGGAACAUGGAAGAAGCAAACAACAUCAUUGCAAGAAUGCAUCUACAUGACCUGGCUCCAAAUAAAGCCACCUAUGCUGGCAUGGUUAAUGGCUAUUGUAGAGCUGGUGAUGUCAAGCAAGCUGUUAAACUUUUGGAUGAAAUGGAUGCUAGAGGCAUUAUUCCAGAUGUUACAACUUACAACGCAUUGAUUCAUGCAUUCUGUAAGGAAGGAAAUAUGGAUGACGCUUUCAAGUUCUGUGAUCGUAUGGCACAGAGAGGUCUGGUCUUGGAUGAAGUUGCAUAUACAACACUUGUAAAUGGGCUUUAUGUUUCCGGAUAUUCCAAAGAAGCUAGUUUUAUAUCAAAAUGGAUGGUUAAGCAUGGGAUAGUUACUGGGGAUAUCAAGCAUAUGACACUUGAUAAACAAACUGAAAUAUUGAUAGCAAGACACCGGACACAGUCGGAAGAUGGUUGAAUGAAGUUCACAAUGAAUGUGCAUAAUAUUUCAACAAGCAAUAAGAUUAUCUGCAGAGUGCAAGGCAUCCAAAAAAUGUGUUUGGCUGUUUCUAAGGAACGGCAACCAUCGAACGGUCGGUGCUUGUGACUCCAAAAGAUAAAGUGUGUUUGAGCUGAAUAUUCCAUAUCAACGAGUUUUUGGAGGGGAAAGAGGUCAUACCGAAUUCUUGAUCUCGUCCAGAAGGUGCUUCUUGUGGUGAUGAAGAAGCUUAGACAAGCUAGUACCUACCAAUGAACAAGUGGACAAGAAGAAGUUUAUGAUGGAUUUCUACGUCAUUCUUUCGUCCAGUAGAAACAUCAUCCGCCCAUGUAAGUUACUUGAGCCGUAACCGCUGCACAACACUGCCAUAUCAACGAUAAAUGCAAGAUAUGGUCGAAUAUUGGUGGAGAAGGCUUAUAAAUUUGAGAUGCAAUAUUUGGUACUAAUCCUGCACAUCUGAUACAAAAGGAAGAAGAAUAAGAAUGAAGCUAAGAUUUUCCGUGAUUUUCAUUGAAUAAGCAACUAGUUUUUUUGACACAAAAAAGAACGAAAGAGCAAUCUCGUUAUUGGUUGGCCUGAAAUGAGUUUAUUUUUGUGUACAGACCAUGCGAUACGCCAAUAGAUGGGUUUCGAUUUAUUUAAGGAAACCCCCAUUCAGGUGGCGGAAUCUACAGAGACAAUAAUGCAGUGUACAGCCUUACAGUCCGCGACAAGCCUGUGUACAGCCGGUCAAGCAGUUGAACCUGGUAACUGCCCCGCCAGCCCAUCGGACAAGCUUUAUGUAUAUUAAAUUCUUGUUUCCAGACUUGAGCACCAUAAGCCGAUCCAGCUA